GCCGACGCUGGAAGGAGGAAGAGCGAGCGAGCAAGCAGCGCGCGCGCGACGCAGCCAGGCAGGCAGGCAUGGAAACCAUGGCGAGCCCAGCAAAAGAGAACAACUACAGAAUGAAGAGUUACAAAAACAAGGCUUUGAACCCUGAGGAGAUGCGCCGGAGGAGGGAAGAGGAGGGGAUCCAGCUCCGCAAACAGAAGCGGGAGCAGCAGCUCUUUAAAAGAAGAAAUGUGGAGCUGAUUAAUGAAGACGCUGCUAUGUUUGACAGCCCCCUCGUAGAUUCCUUUGUUAGCUCCACCACAGGAGGGGAGGGUGUGAUCACAAGAGAGAUGGUGGAAAUGCUGUUCUCAGAGGACCCUGAUCUUCAGCUCGUAACCACCCAGCGGUUUAGGAAACUGCUUUCAAAAGAGCCCAAUCCUCCAAUAGAUGAAGUAAUAAGCACUCAAGGAGUGGUAGACAGGUUUGUUGAGUUCCUAAAGAAAAGUGAAAACAGCACAUUACAGUUUGAAGCCGCGUGGGCAUUAACAAACAUUGCCUCAGGUACCUCACUACAAACCAAAAUAGUAAUUGAGGCUGGAGCAGUUCCAAUCUUCAUUGAAUUGUUGAGUUCUGAUUUUGAAGAUGUCCAAGAGCAGGCUGUUUGGGCGCUGGGGAACAUCGCUGGAGACAGUUCUACUUGUCGCGAUUAUGUCCUCAACUGUGACAUUCUUCCUCCCUUGUUGUUGCUCCUCACAAAAUCUACUAGGUUGACAAUGACACGAAAUGCUGUCUGGGCAUUGUCAAACUUGUGCAGAGGGAAAAACCCACCCCCUGAAUUUGAGAAGGUAUCGUCCUGUUUGCCAGUCUUGUCACGCUUACUCUUCAGCAGCGACUCGGACUUGCUGGCGGAUGCAUGCUGGGCGCUCUCCUAUCUGUCGGAUGGCCCCAAUGAGAAAAUCCAGGCCGUAAUAGAUUCAGGGGUGUGUCGGCGACUGGUGGAAUUACUGAUGCACAGCGAUUACAAGGUGGCUUCCCCAGCAUUGAGAGCUGUCGGCAAUAUUGUGACAGGGGACGAUAUCCAGACCCAGGUGAUCCUGAAUUGCUCAGCUUUGCCUUGUCUUCUUCAUCUUCUCAGCAGCCCCAAAGAGUCCAUCCGGAAAGAAGCUUGCUGGACGAUCUCCAAUGUCACAGCGGGAAACAGGGCUCAGAUACAGGCAGUCAUAGAUGCCAAUAUUUUUCCAGUGCUGAUUGAGAUCUUGCAGAAGGCUGAAUUCCGCACAAGGAAAGAAGCUGCAUGGGCAAUCACAAAUGCUACAUCAGGAGGAACUCCAGAACAGAUCAAGUAUUUAGUAAACCUGGGCUGUAUCAAGCCUCUGUGUGACCUCCUGACCGUCAUGGACUCCAAGAUUGUUCAAGUGGCCCUGAACGGCCUGGAGAACAUCUUACGGCUGGGUGAGCAAGAGGCGAAGCAGAGCGGCACUGGCAACCCCUACUGCAGCCUUAUCGAGGAAGCUUAUGGCUUGGAUAAAAUAGAAUUUCUCCAGAGCCAUGAAAACCAAGAGAUCUACCAGAAGGCUUUCGACCUGAUUGAGCACUAUUUUGGCAUUGAGGAUGAUGACGCUACUUUGGCUCCCCAGGUAGAUGAGGCCCAGCAGCAGUUCAUCUUCCAGCAACCAGAGGCCCCCAUGGAAGGCUUCCAGCUAUAACGCGUGUGCUGAGUUUGGGGGAGAAGAGUACUGUAACUUUGCUGGGCCGUAAUCUGCAGAGAACCUCCCUAACCCCAGCCUCAUUCUCUCCUCUGCCUAGCCGGGAGGCUGCCGUGCCCGCUCCACUUGCUACAGAAUAGCGUUCUCCUUCACUGACGUGUGGCAGCAAUGCUUUGCUCUCAUGAAGAGGAGAUAUUCUUACACACAAUACAUGUUUUUCUUUUGCUGCUGCACAGGUGUGUCAAAGCAGGUGCUGAAGUGGACGAAAGAGGAGGUGUAAAUCAGUUACAUCUUCUAGUGUGUGGUUUUCCUCUUUUUUCUUUUUUGUGGUGUUUUUUUCCUCAAACAUGACUCUUCACAUGGGUACUUGAGAGAUGACUUUUUUCCCCUAAUGGGAGAAGGCAAAAUAGCAAACCAUAACCUAGGAAUCUAAUAUUGGAUGCUUGGGUUCAACUAUUUAAAAAAAAUCUUUUUUGCACAUCUUAAUUUUUAUUAAAGACUCUUCUUAAUCUGCCAAAAGCACCACUUUGGCCCACGUUUGUUUUGUUUUGGAAACCCUCUUGCCAAAACAGCACCUUUCAAGGGAUUGGGGCCAAGUUGCCGCUGCUCUCGCCCUCCCCCCACUUAAAAAUAUUUCUGUACGGAGAUGCAGGAAAAGAUGGACAACCCCAACCCACCAUGCCUUGGAAAGACUCUAGCCUUCAUCGGGCGGGGAGGGGGGCGGGAUUCUAUUUUAAACUAAAGAGUUCAAACAGGGCAGCAAUCCCCACCACAUCCUGAAGAUCCAGGCUUAAGGGAAAGGCACAAGACGAAAGGACUUAAAGCACAGCGGCCACAUCAGGUGGGCUUCACUUACAUUUGCUACUGACUGAAGUGUUGAACUGGUGGAAGAAACCCCAUCUUGCAUCUUUACUUGAAGAAGAUUUGCAAAACUUAUUGAAGCCUUUUGGUUCUUGUCAUUUAUUUUUAGUUUUUCUUUUUCUUGGACAGCUUGUUUGGGGACAUAUCUGGCAUGUUUUUUGUGGGAGGUCGGCGUUAGCUACCCUUGGUGGCAUGCGAUCUCCUUUCAGUUCAAAGUAGCCUGUGUUUCUCAGAAUUACCUCCUGCUCACAACUGUAUCGUGUACAUUUUACUUCAAAAUGAAGAAGUCAAAGCUCUGUAUUUUUUAUAUAUUAUAUAUACACGUAGAUAUUUGUCUAAUUUGGUCUCCAGAUGGAGGGGAAACUAAUUCUUCUAAGGUCUAUAAAUCGCCUGUGUGGCAGGCUUGCCUGGGAACACGGCCAUACAGACAUUAGUUCUCUUGUGUUCCCCUCUUUACCUACUGUAUGAGCCACCAGAUUAGCCAAGCUCCUUUGCCAGGUAGAGAUUACUUGGCCAAGAUUGGAUAUCUACUACAGCAGAACAUGGGAAACUCUAAGCUUAUUUCUGGGAUGGGGAAGGCCCCUUCAGGUGUCUUAGUAAAAGCUUAUAUUAUGCACACAUAAUCCCCACCUAUCCUCUCCUUGCUCUCCAACAUUUGAAUUCAGGGUUCCCAAAGCCUUCAAGAACAGACAUUCAAUCAAACAGGUGUGAAGUUGGAUGUGAAGCCUUGGGCUGUAUUUUGUAAUAGAGAUUUGCUUUUCAUUGUUUAAAAAAACAAAAACAAAUGCCAAGGAAAUUUAAUAAACUACAUCUCUGCAUUCAAUGACUGCAAUCCA